AUGCCCGAGACCGAGGGCAAGCUGGCAGGCGGGGGGCCCCGGCCAGGAGGGUGGACGCUGCCGUCCUUUCCCACUCAGCUGAGGGGCUUCCUGGUGGUGCUAGGGAGUCUUCUCCUGGGGGCGGCCGGCGAGCCGGGGUCAGAGUUCUACGUCUCCUCCGAGGUGAUCAUCCCCAGGAGGCUGUCGGCAAAGGGAGGGGAAAUCACCCCCAAGGAGGUGUCCUACCUCCUUCCGCUUAAAAGCGGCCCGCAGGUGAUCCAUCUGAGGCAGAAAGAAGGCUUCUUUCUGCGAAACUUCCCCCUUUAUACCUACUCCCGGGGGCAGCGCGUCCUAGAUGUGCCACCCAGCCGGGACUGCUACUACGAAGGUUACGUGGAGGGGGAGCCGAGCUCCCUGGUGGCGCUCAGCACCUGCUCGGGGCUCCGGGGCCUGCUGGCCGUGCAGGCCGCAUCCUACAGCCUCGAGCCGGUCGAGAGCUCGGCCCGCUUUGAGCACACCCUGCACCGCGAGGACCCGGCCCCCGGAGGCACCUGCUCGCUCACCGAAAGGGAGAUCCGCGGGCACGAGGCCGGCAGGCGGAGCCGGGUCGGCGGAGCCCCGGGCCCCGGCGGCCAGCCCACCGCCUGGACCCGCAAAAAGUACCUGGAGUUCUUCCUGGUGGUCACCAAGCUGCGAUUCACCAUGUCCGAGAGCAACGUGACCAAGACUACCCAGCUGGUCUUGGAGGUGCUCAACAUCGUCCACACUCACCUGCGGCAGCUGCACCUGGAGCUGGUCCUGAUCGGCUUAGAAAUCUGGACCGAGAAGGACCUGGUGGACAUCGCCGACACCAUGCCGGACACGCAGGAGAACUUCAACCGCUGGAGGACCAGGGAUCUGUAUUGGCGGGUGCCCCACGACCUGGCCCACCUCUUCACCGGGAAGAAUUACGGGAAGACCCUGGGCCGCGCCUACAUCGGGGGCGUCUGCACCUACAACUCGGCGGCGGGGGUCGACGCUUUCUGGCGGGAAGACAUCUUGCGCUUCGCGGGGACCGUCUCCCACGAGAUCGGCCACAACCUGGGCAUGCAGCACGACACGCUCUCCUGCCGUUGCGGGGACGGCGGGGAGAUCCUCUGCCUCAUGUUCCCCAACGUGCUCGUGAACUACAAGUUCAGCAACUGCAGCGUGCAGUACUUCUACGACCUGCUGCGGGAGGGGGAAGGGGAGUGCCUCUUCAACCAGCCGCCGGCGUCCGGCGUCUUCGGGGGACAGCGCUGCGGGAACCGGGUGGUGGAGGCGGGGGAGGCCUGCGACUGCGGCGACCCGGCCGCCUGCCGGGCUGACCCCUGCUGCCUGCCCACGUGCCAGCUCUGGCCGGGCGUCGACUGCGCCUCGGGGCCCUGUUGUCACAGGUGCCGGUUCCGGAAGGCGGGUGUCCUCUGCCGGGGCAGCGUGGACGUGUGCGACCUCCCCGAGUACUGCAACGGCACCUCCAGAUGGUGCCAGCCCGACGCCCACAAGCAGGACGGCUCCCCGUGCCGGGGCCAGGCCUACUGCUACCACGGGCGGUGCCGCAGCCACGGGGGCCAGUGUGCCAGCGUCUUCGGGCCGGGGGCCGAGGCCGCCCGGGACGGCUGCUACCGGCAAGUGAACGCGGCCGGCGACCGGUUCGGGAACUGCGGCGUCGACAUCCAGGGGCUGAGGCGGGACUUCUCCAAGUGCCGGCCCGGGGACGUGCUGUGCGGCAGGCUGCAGUGCGAGAACGUCCGGCGGCUGCCCAGGAUGGGGCACCAGCACACCCUCAUCCAGUUCCCCCUGGAGAGCAGCUGGUGCUGGGGCAUGGACCCGCUCUCCCCCGUCGACGCACACGACGAGGGGGAGGUGGAGGACGGGACACUGUGCGGCCCCGGGAGGGUCUGCCUGAAUCACACCUGCGCCAACGCCUCGCGGCUCGGCUACGACUGCGACCCCGCCGCCAAGUGUCACGGCCGGGGCGUCUGCAACAACUUCAAGAACUGCCACUGCGACUACGGCUUCGCGCCACCCCACUGCGAACUCGAGGGCUUCGGGGGCAGCGUGGACAGCGGGCCCGCCCCCGAGAGGGUCUCGGGGUGGAGAAGCGCGCGCCUCUGGACCCUGCUCACCCUCGGCUUGGUGUCCAUCUUCAUCUUCAUCGUCGCCUUCGUCAAGCGGCGCAAGGUCCGGGAAGCCUAUGACAAGGCACGAGAGAGGCUGAGGCGCCAGGGGCUGGGCGUCAAGACCGGUCACGGCGCAGGGGGAUGGGGCGCAAGAAGGCAGGACGGGGCCGGUGGAAUGGGGGAGACCAGGGGUCAGAAGGGAGUCUUCGACCGAUUCCAGUUGUUUAAAAACCACCUGUCAGGGAAGGUGAAGAGCAGCAGCUAG